AUUCAAAUUCUGUUGCCCAGUGGGGAAGGUCCGGUUUUUUUAUUAUUGGCUUCUAUUAGGCUCUCUCUCUGCGCUCUGAGCCCGCUUCAGCCUUAAACUUCCAUAUCCCUUCAUCGUCUUUCCUGCUUCUGUUGGAAAGAACGAUUUUGGGGUUGGAAAGUAGAAAAACCCCAAAACAAAUGCCGAAGAACAAUAGCAAGAUGAAAUCGUCAAGGAAGCCAUUGGCCGAGAUAUCCAAUGGGGGAAGAUUUUCGAAAACUGUCAAGAAGAUUUCCUCUGAUCCAGAAGUUCAAGUAGUGGAAGAUGAUGCUUUCGAUCGCCUCCAUUUUGUUUAUUCUCGUCUUUCCAAUCUCAUCCAGAAGCUUGAUCCACUGGUUGUGCAGGCAUUCAAAUGUAAAGUUGCAAGCAAGAAGGGGAGGAAAGAAAUUGAAUCUUUCACCAAUGUCUUAUCUGAUACAUAUUCAUCUAUUGAGUUAUGGAUUCCACGAUUCCAGAAGGUUCUAUCCAGUCUGUCAGUGGAGUUUGACAAUCAGUUGGGACAAUCAAAUGAAGUUUCUCCAACUGCAAAUACAGAAUUGAGCAAUGUUAUCUACAGUGGAAAACAACCUGAUCUUGACUCCCAUGUCUCUCCUUCACCUCUUGUUUCCUGGCGUGCUGAAUGUACCAUUGAGAAUGGCAGACAACUGUUUUUACUCACACCAUUGCCAAGAUCUAGAGCACAUCCUUCCAAAAAUCGAGGCUCAUCUAAAUUGGCACAUGAAAGAAAUGUUGAUAUAAAUGCCCUUUCUGAUGCUAGUCUCACGUUACCAUCAUCAUUAUUUACUGUCGAAGAUACUAAUGAUGACCUGAUGGAAGGAGUUGAAUUGAAGCUGAAGCCAAAGCCGAAUGAAGUUUCCAAUUCUACUUCUGGUCAAACAGAAAAUACACCUGUUUCUGGUUUUCUUUCUCCACGAAAGUUUUCAUACAGAGAACAACCUAUGUUUAUUAUGACCCCAUGUUUGAAAGUGUCACCUCCCAAGUCUUGUGUGUUGCUAGAACCAAAAUCUGACUCAUCUCAUCAAGAGAAUAAUGCCAUCCAUAAGUUGACUCCAUUUGUUUUUGGAAAUGAAGAUGGUAGUACUUCUGAAUCAUCAAGCGGUGAAAUUACACAAAGUUUGGCAUUGAAGUAUCCAGAGCUGUUUGGGACAAAGCUAACUCAUAAGCAGGAAAUUGGUAGGCAAGUAGAAGCAUCACCAGCUUGGUUCAUAUCACCUCCCAAAACAUGUGUAUUGAUGGAGCCACCCGAUAAGAGGCUGUCAAUCAACCCAGCUAUGAAAGAGGACCUGUCCAAGAUAGUGUUUGGAGAGGAUAAACACCACAUCUCUGAGAAAGACCAAGGUGUGCAACUGGAGCUUCAGCUAACCAAAGGAUCAGGUUAUCAAGAACUUAAAAGCACACUUCUGGAUGGCACCCCUUUGUGGGAGUCAGAAAGGAAAAUACAAACUGGAAAGCGUCCGGGUGAGAACACUCUGAAGAAGGAAUUGUGGACUAAAUUUGAAGCAGCAUCUUCAAGUCAACUGCAUUUUGAUGUAUCCAAGUUCCAAGAAACAACGCGAAAAGGAUUUCUUGAUAUGCUUGAAGAAGUCUCAAGUGAGAACACUAGUUCAUUGGCCAAAGGUUUGUAACAACUAGAAUGGGCAAUGCCAGUAUUUUUCUGUAAACGAGGCUGUUUGUCAAAUUUCUGGGCUUAGUGAUUGACAAGUUAGUUCCACACUUAUCUGCUUAUAAAUCUUAUGAUGUUGAUCAA